AUGGUAUUUAAAAGAGGUAGGGGAAAUUCUCAUAAAUCACGAAGAAGAAAAAGAUUUAAAAGUGACAUUAAUGAGGAUAUUAAUUUAGAAGAUAAUGUUGGAAUUAUUGGUGAACCUGAUUACAAUGAAGUUUUUGAGGUAGAGAAAAUAAUAAUGGCUAGAUAUAAAGAGAAUUGUAAAAAGAAAAGAAAUAAUAGAAAAGAUGAAAAUUUAGAUGAUUUUGAAUUUUAUAUAAAAUGGAAAAAUUAUGAUAGUGAUGAAAAUACAUGGGAACCUUUUGAGAAUUUAAGUCCAAAUUUAAAAGGGCAAGCAAAAAAAGUUGCCUUACAAUUAACAGAAGGAAUAAAUAAUUGUAAUAACAAUGAAAAUGAAAAAAAUGAUAAUAAAGAGGAAAAUAUAGAACCUCUUGUGGAUGAUAAUAUUAAUAGAUAUAUAGAAAGAAAUGUUAUAAAUAAUAUCGAAAAAAAUUCUGAACAAAAUGUUGAAAUAUAUAAUAAUAAAGCUUAUGAACAAACACGAUUAGUACAAAGCAUAGAUGUAUUAAAUACAAACAAAACAAAAAUGGGAUUUAUUGAGAUAAAACCAAAUGAUAUUGAUGAUGAUGAUGAAGAAAUUAUAAAUAUUAUGAGAGAACUAGAAGCUGAAAAUAUGAAAAAAGAAAAAAAUAAAUUAAGAAAUAGAAACUUCAACUUUUUUAAUAUUUCAUCAAAUUCUAGAUUAUCAAAUGAAAUUAAUUCAUAUCUAUAUGAUGAUUCGGAUAAAAUGGAUGAUACUUAUGUUGGUAAAAAGAAACCCGGAAAUAUAAAAAGCAUCUUGUCUUUGUCAAACAGGAUGAAUAAUGACGAUAAUAAUGAUAAUAAUAAUAAUAAUAUAUAUAAUAAUAAUAAUAAUAAUAUAUAUAAUAAUAAUAAUAAUAAUAAUAAUAAUAUAUAUAAUAAUAAUAAUAUAUAUAAUAAUAGAAAUUAUAAUAAUAAUAAUAAUUAUAACCACUGUAAGCAUUCAACAAAUUCAUCUUACGAUGCUAAUAAUAAUUCAGUUAAUCUUAACGAUCUUCAUCAUUUAAAUGAAGAAGAAAAAAAUAAUCUCUUAUUUUUAUAUGACUCUGAUGAUUUAAUAAAAAAAGACAACCGAUUUGUAAAUAAUAUAAAUUAUAAUAAUUUACUUCAUUCAAAAAAUGUAAAAAAAUUAAAAAAUAAUUAUUUAGAAACUUUAUUAAAUAAUAAUAAUAUAAAUAGUAAUGACACAUUUGAUGAUGAAACGCUAUUAAAAAUGAAUCCCAGUGUAUCACGUUCUUCUAAUUUAUAUUAUAAUAAUUUUGAAAACUCAAAAACAUGCCACCAACCAAAUAGUUUUAUUAAUACAAUUAAAGGUUCUAAUAGAAAUAAUGAAAAUAUUAUAAAUGAUCUUAAUAAAGAAAAGGAUGAAAGCUCUCAAAAUGAUACAUCCUUUUUUUAUAGUACAGAUCGAACAUCAACAAAUGACUAUGAUAUAACAAGUAAAGAAAAAAUAAAACCAUUACAAAAAGAAUCCUUAAUAAAUCAUGAAGAGGAUAAUGUUCAAGAACAUCGUAAGUUAUUAUUAGAUAAAAAUGAUGAUAAUAAUAAUAAUGAUGAUGAUAAUAAUAAUAAUGAUGAUGAUAAUAAUAAGGAUAAUAAUAAGGAUAAAAAUAAGGAUAAAAAUAAGGAUAAUAACAAUAAUGAUGAUAAUAUUAAGGAUAAUAAUAAGGAUAAUAACAAUAAUGAUGAUAAUAAUGAUGAUGAUAAUAAUAAUAAUACUAAUAAUAAUACUAAUACUAAUAAUAAUAAUAAUAAUAACAAUCAUAAUAAUAAUAAUAAUCAUGAUAAUAAUAAUAAUAAUCAUGAUAAUAAUCAUAAUAACAAUCAUAAUAAUAAUAAUAAUAAUUGUGAUAAUCAUAUUAAAAAUAAUACUUAUAAAUGUGAUAGCAAUCAUUUGAAUAAUUUUAUGAAUGAAAAAAAUAAAAAUCAUCUGAUGAAUCAUACCCUUGACUCCUCUCUUGAAGACAAUAAUUAUACAGAGAAUUAUAUUUAUAACUAUUUAAAUGAUAAAAACAAAACAGAUGAUCAUAAUUCUAAUAGUAAUAACAAUAGUAAUAUGUUUAAUUAUAAUAAUAAUAAUAUGGACUUAAAAAAUAUGAAGAGAAAUGUAUUGAAUAAAAAUAAAGUAACAAAGUUUCUGCCUUCAUAUAAUACUAGUUUUAAAAAAGAAAUUUGUAAUUUGAGAAAAAAUAUGAAGAAAAAAUUAAUUGUUAAUGCUAUGUCAAAUAAAUUUAGUAUUUCUCAAAUAGAUGGAAAUAAUAGAAAUAAUGGAAAUGAUGAAAAUAAUGCAAAUAAUUCAAAUAAUGAAAAAAACUGUGACGAUUUUAAUCAGUUUUGUUUACAGAAUGGUAAUGAUCCAAUGAGAAAAAAAAAAUUACAUAAUGAAAGGAAAAAAAGUACAAACAAUAAAAAUAAUAUUAAUAAUAAUAAUAAUAAUAAUAAUUAUUAUUAUAAUAAUUACUUAAAUAAUGAUAAACGUUCAGAAGAAGAUAAUUCUUUUGAAUUUAAUGAUUCAUAUUUUACAAAUAGUGCCAAUACAAUAAAUCAAGUUAAUAAACUUGUCCAAAAAUAUUUAGCUUUUCCGCGUAAUAAAAAUAUUAUGACAACUGAUUAUUUAUUUAAUACAAAUAAUAUUAAUGAUAAUAAUAAAAGAAAAAUAUCAUUCAAAGAUAAUAAUAUAUCACUAGAAAAUUAUAAUAAUAAUGAGUAUUAUGAUUAUCAUCAUAUUAAUAAUAAUAGCAAUACUAAUGUAAAAAAUAUGAUACAUAAUAAAAGUUUUUCUGACUUUAUUGAUGAAGACAAAACAUUUAAAAAAAAAACUGGAAAAAAUAUCAUAAAAAAUAUGUUAUGCAAUAAAAAAAGUUAUAGUAAUAAUAGUAUCUAUGUCAAUCGUGAUAUCUCAGAAUAUGAUGAAGAAAACUUAGGGAACAAAAAUUUUAUAAAUAAUCAAACAUGUAAUAAUUACUUUAUGAAUUCGAAAGAUUUACAAAACAUAUAUUCUAGUGAAAAAUAUGGAAAGAGCAAAAAAGGAAAUAAAUGUUCAAUAUCAAGAAAAAUAAAUGAUUAUAUAUAUAACAACAACAGCGGUAAUAAUAGUAGUAGUAAUAGUAAUAAUAAUAAUAAUAAUAAUAGAAAUAAUAGAAAUAAUAAUUUUAAUAAAUUAUUUGAAUCGGAAUAUGAUUCUGUAUGUGAAACAUUAAUGAAUACAUAUUGUAAAAACACAUGUAAUGAAUAUUCUAAAAAAUUAAAUAAUGAUGAAAAUGAUAGUUCAAAUGAACCCAUAAACGAUAUAAAAUAUUAUAUUAAUGAUAAUAAUAAUAAUAAUAAUUCAACUAGUAACUCUCGUCCAUCCCUUAUGCUUGACAACUCAUCAGAAAAGAAUUACGAUAAAAUAGAAGAUGAUAUAAAAAAAAACCAAUUAGAGAUACCAAAAGGAAAUCAAAAAUAUGAUGCACAUGUUGAUGAUGAUAUUGAAGAUGAUGAUGAUGAUGAAAACACAGAUAGAAAUAAUAAUACUAUUAAAAGUCCUAUACACUCAGAUAUUAUUUAUAAAAUAUUAAAUGAAGAAAAGAGAAAAUCACAAGAACAAAAUGUACAUAUCUUAAAUAAGGAGAAUAUUAAUGAAUUUACAGAAUUUAAAAGAAAUGACAAGAAAAAUAAUGAAAUGUUAUUUUCUUCAUCAGAUGAUAUGAAAAGUAAUAUAUAUGGUAAUGAAAACUAUCCUUUUGAAAGUUUUAAUAAUAAAUGUAUAUUGAAAAAAACACAACAUUUAUAUAAUACAGAUAUAAAUAAAAAUAUUUCUGAUAAUAGAAAUGAAAGUAAUAGUACAAACAAUAACAAUAGUAAAAAUAAAUAUGGUUGUUUAAAUAGUAUGACCAUAAAUAUAAAAGAUAUUCUUGAUACUAAAAAUGAUAAACGUGAUUAUUAUAUCAACGUUCUUGAAAAUGUGCUAAAUGCCUUAAAGGAAAAUCGUACAUAUAAUUCAAUAGAAAAUGUAAACACAAAUGGUCAUGUGAGAAGUAACUCAUAUACUGAUACAUCAUCCAUAUUAUUAAAUAAAAAAAUACAAGAAUUGUCUGGUGAAAAGGAAAAUUCUGAGAAUUUUCAAAACGUAAAAAGACGUACAUUUCAUAAUGAUUCUAUUGAAUAUACCAAAACACCAAAAAGAGUUUUCUUUGAUAUAAAUAAGGAAAACCAGCAAAAUAAGAAAUCAAAAAAGAGAAAUUUAAUUGAUGAUAAAGUAGAUGAUAAUAAUAAUAAUAAUAAUAAUAAUAAUAGUAAUAAUAGGGAUGAUAGCAACACUAAUAAUGAUAAUAAGAAUAAGAAACAUAAAACCGUUUUUAGUAUAUAUAGUUCAAUAAAAAACAAGUCUCGUAAUAUUUUAAGUAAUAUUAAAUUAGGACAUUUUCUGACAAAUAAAAAUAAAUCACAAAAUAAUAAAGCCGAGGACAAUAAAAAUGCAGUUCCUAUAAGAAUAAAAAGAGAAAAGGCAGAUGAUCAAUUAGAAGAGAAUGUGGAAAAUGAAGUGACUAAUGAUAAGGAAAAUAUGAGUGAUAGUGAACACAAUAUAAAUGAUGAUGGAAAUAAAAUGAGUGAUGAUGAACAAUCUUAUAGUGAUGGUAAAAAUAAAAUAAGAAGUGAAGAAGAUCAUAUAAAUGAUGAUGAUAACAACUUAAAUAGUUAUGAUGAAGAAAGUGAUUUUAAUUAUAAUAAAAAAAAUAAUUAUAAAGGAAAAAGCAUUUUUUCGCGUUUAGAAAUAUUAAAUGUAAAUGUUGUCAAAUUAAAUUAUUUAGAUAAAUUAGGAGAAUAUAUUGAUUCUGUUGAUAAGUUAGCAAUAGGUAAUUUAGAUUCCCUACUAAAAAAUUUUAAUAUUUUAAAUAAUUAUAAAGGUAAAGAUAAAGUAAUGAUUUAUUUUUUAAAUCCUGGAUUUCAAAAACGUUUAUUAGAAGCUUAUUCAAAUAUAUUUUUACAUUUUGAUAUAUUUAUAGAUAAUAAAACAUAUAAUUUUAUUUUUAAUAAUUGUGAAUAUGUUAAUGUAUUAUUAGAUCGAGCAUUUUCUAUAAAAAGAGAUGAAGAAUAUAAUAAAUUGAAAAAUAUACCAUCUUAUGAAUUAUCGAAAUAUUUAUAUUUAUUUUAUGAGUUGGGCAAAAUGACAGAAAAAUUAAAUACCCUUUUUAAAAUUCUUUUUAUACCUACACGUUUGAAACCUCAUAAAUAUUAUUUUCCAUCUGUUCAAUAUUUUGAAAGGUUUUAUAUACAUCUGUAUUAUAGAACACGUGCUGAAGGUGUAGCUGUUGAUACUAAUCAUGUUGGUUAUGAAAAAGUGGGGGAUGAAAAAGUGGAGGAUGAAAAAGUGGAGGAUGAAAAAGUGGAGGAUGAAAAAGUGGAGGAUGAAAAAGUGGAGGAAGAAAAAGUAGAAGAUGAAAAAAUAGAGGAUGAAAAAGUGGAGGAUGAAAAAGUGGAGGAUGAAAAAGUGGAGGAUGAAAAAGUAGAGGAUGAAAAAUUGAAUGAUGAAAAUUUUCAGGAAGAAAAAUUUGAGGAUGAGAAAAUAGAGGAUGAAAAAGUAGAGGAUGAAAAAGUAGAGGAUGAAAAAGUAGAGGAUGAAAAAUUGAAUGAUGAAAAUUUUCAGGAAGAAAAGUUGAAUGAUGAGAAAUUGGAGGAUGAGAAAUUGGAGGAUGAAAAAGUGGAGGAUGAAAAAGUGGAGGAUGAAAAAGUGGAGGAUGAAAAAGUGGAGGAUGAAAAAGUGGAGGAUGAAAAAGUGGAGGAUGAAAAAGUGGAGGAUGAAAAAGUGGAGGAUGAAAAAGUGGAGGAUGAAAAAUUGGAAAAUGAAAAAUUAGAGGAUGAAAAAUCGAAUGAUGAAAAAUUGGAGGAAGAAAAAUCGAAUGAUGACAAAUCGAAUGAUGAUAAAUUGAUGAAUGAACAAAAUAUUUCCAGUGAAUAUGAUAAUACUUCAGAUAUAAUUAAAAAGGAUAAUAUUUUUGAAAACAAUAUAAAUGAAGAAUAUAAUAUUAAUAUCCUUGAGGAUAAAUCAGAAUAUAUAAUUAAUAAUGAAUAUUUGAAAAAUUCUCCUGAUGACAUAUUAAAUUUCGAAGAUACAAUGAAUGAAGAGAGUAGUAAUAAAAGCUCUAUAGAAAAUAAUAACAUUGAUAAUAAUAAUACCGAAGAAAGAGAUGAAAAUAAUAAUGAAAAAAACAAUAUAUACAUAAAAAAAAAUGAUGAUAAUAUUAAUAAUUGUAUUAUUAAUGGUGGUACUACAACAGAUAAUGAUAAUGAAAAUAUUGAUGAUAUAAAAAAAGAUUCUAAUAAUUUAAGUACAUAUAGUAAUAGUUCUACUAUUCAAAAUAAUAAUAUUCAUAAUGAAGAUAGUGAUGAUUAUAAUAAUAAUAAUAAUAUUAAAGACAUAUCUAUAACAAGUUACGUCUUGGAAGAAAGGUUAUCAUCCUUAAGUGUAAUUAAUAAAGGACAUAUAGAAAAUGAAGAGUUAACAAAGAAAGAACAAAAUAAUGAAGAAGUAAAUACCAAAUUUUAUGAUUUCAAAUCCAAAUUUUUAAAUAAUAAUAUGUUACGAAAAUUUAUUAAAUGA